GGGCGGGGCGUGGGGCGGAAGUUUGUGCCGCGCUGCGUGUCCGGCAGCGCCGUGUUGGGCCGCGGGGGCGAACAACCGACAUCCCCCAUUCGGGUCCAUUCGGGUCCAUCCACCCGCCAUGCUCCGUCCGUUCCGCCGUGGCUCCGCUCCGCUCCGUUCCUCCUCCCGGCCGCGCUCCGGCUCCUCCUGUCACCACCCGCAGCCCCGCGGUGACGAGCCGGAGCCGUCGGAGCGGAGCGAGCGGCGCGUGAACCCGCUGCGGAUCCAGAUGUUGUCCCGGAACCUGCACGAUCAAAUCUUCCGCGGGGCUGCGGUACAACACUCGGAGGCGGCGGUGAGACGCAGCAUCGAGCACCUGCAGCGGCACGGCCUGUGGGGCCGGCACGGCUCGGCUCUGCCCGACGUGAGCCUGCGGUUACCCCGCAUGUUCGGCAACGACAUCGACGAGCAUUUCCGCCGCCUGGCUCAGAAGCAGAGUCUGCCGUACCUGGAGGCGGCCGACGAGCUGCUGCGCUGCCGGCUGCCCCCAGCCCCGCACAGCUGGGCCCGGCAGCGGGGAUGGACGCGAUACGGCCCCGACGGGCGGAGCGAGAACGUGGAGUGUCCGAGGGAGCGAGCCCUGGUGCUGGACGUGGAGGUUUGCGUGUCCGCCGGGCAGUGCCCCACCAUGGCCGUGGCGGUGUCACCGCACGCGUGGUACUCGUGGUGCAGCCGGCGCCUCCUGGAGCAGCGCUACUCGUGGGGACCCCGCCUGGAGCUGCACGACCUCAUACCACUGGAGGAAGGGACCGGCCGGCAGCAGGAGGGCGGAGAGAGGGUGGUGGUGGGACACAACGUGGCUUUCGACCGAGCCUUCAUCAGGGAGCAGUACUUCAUCCAGGGCUCCCAGGUGCGAUUCCUGGACACCAUGAGCAUGCACAUGGCCAUCUCGGGGCUGACCGGCUUCCAGCGCAGCCUCUGGAUGGCUGCGAAACAUGGCAAGAGGAAGGGGCUGCAGCAGGUCAGGCAGCACAUGAAGAAGACGCGCAGCAAAGCUGAGGGGCCGGCGGUCUCUUCGUGGGACUGGGUGCAUGUCAGCAGCAUCAACAACCUGGCAGAUGUGCAUGCUCUGUACGUGGGAGGGGAACCGCUGCAGAAGGAGGCACGAGAGCUGUUUGUUAAGGGGACCAUGGCUGAUGUCAGCAAUAACUUCCAGGAGCUGAUGUCAUACUGUGCCAGCGACGUCCGGGCUACACAUGAGGUGUUCCAGGAGCAGCUGCCGCUCUUCAUGGAGAGGUGCCCCCACCCCGUGACGUUUGCUGGGAUGCUGGAGAUGGGGGUGUCCUACCUGCCUGUCAACAGCAACUGGAGGAGGUACCUGGAUGAUGCUCAGGGCACCUACGAGGAGCUGCAGAAAGAGAUGAAGAAGUCCUUGAUGAACCUGGCCAACGAUGCCUGCCAGCUGCUGCAUGAGGACAGGUACAAGGAGGACCCCUGGCUCUGGGAUCUGGAGUGGGACACACAGGAGUUUAAGCAGAAGAAACCCCUGAAGAGGAAGAAGGAUCAGAAAAUAAACAGUGAAGCCUCCGAGAUGGGCUCUGCUCAGGAGUGGCAGGAAGACCCAGGUCCCCCCACUGAGGAGGAGGAGCUGAGACCCCCCGAGAGCCACAGCUGCCUGCAGCGCCUGAAGGAGACGGUCACACUGCAGCCCAAGAGGCUGCAGCACCUCCCCGGCCACCCAGGCUGGUACCGCAAGCUGUGCCCACGGCUGGAGGAGGAGGGCUGGGUGCCGGGGCCCAGCCUCAUCAGCCUGCAGAUGCGGGUGACCCCAAAGCUGAUGCGCCUGGCCUGGGAUGGCUUCCCCCUGCACUACUCGGAGAAGCACGGCUGGGGCUACUUGGUGCCAGGGCGGCAGGACAACCUGCCUGCAGCCUCUGCAGAGCCGGAGGGGCCUGUCUGCCCACACAGGGCGAUUGAGCGGCUGUAUCGGCAGCACUGCCUGCAGAGGGGCCAGGAGCAGCCCCCAGAGGAGGCUGGUGUGGAGGAUGAGCUGAUGGUGCUGGAAGGCAGCAGCAUGUGGCAGAAGGUGGAGGAGCUGAGCCAGCUGGAGCUGGACAUGGAGCGGCCAGGCAGGGCAGAGCAGAGCCAGAUGCAGGAUGAGGAUGGGCUGCCAGAGCUGAUGGAGGAGAGCAGCCAGCCCUCGUUCCACCACGGCAACGGCCCCUACAACGAUGUCAAUGUUCCCGGGUGCUGGUUUUUCAAGCUGCCCCACAAGGACGGCAAUGAGAACAAUGUGGGGAGCCCCUUCGCCAAGGACUUCCUGUCCCGCAUGGAGGAUGGCACAUUGCGGGCUGCUGUGGGUCGCACCCAUGGGACCAGAGCCCUGGAGAUCAACAAGAUGGUGUCCUUCUGGAGGAACGCUCACAAGAGGGUCAGUUCCCAGGUGGUCGUGUGGCUGAAGAAGGGGGAGCUGCCUCGCGUGGUGACCAGGCACCCGGCCUACAGUGAGGAGGAGGACUAUGGGGCCAUCCUGCCACAGGUGGUGACCGCAGGCACCAUCACCCGUCGGGCUGUGGAACCCACGUGGCUGACAGCCAGCAAUGCCCGGGCUGACCGUGUGGGCAGUGAGCUGAAGGCCAUGGUCCAGGUGCCGCCCGGCUACUCGCUGGUGGGUGCAGAUGUGGACUCCCAGGAGCUGUGGAUAGCGGCUGUCCUGGGCGAGGCUCACUUUGCUGGGAUGCACGGGUGCACGGCCUUCGGCUGGAUGACCCUGCAAGGGAAGAAGAGCGACGGGACCGACCUGCACAGCAAAACAGCCGCCACAGUGGGCAUCAGCAGGGAGCACGCCAAGGUCUUCAACUACGGGCGCAUCUACGGGGCCGGGCAGCCCUUUGCUGAGCGGCUGCUGAUGCAGUUCAACCACCGGCUGACUCAGCAGCAGGCACGUGAGAAGGCACAGCAGAUGUAUGCAGUCACAAAGGGCAUCCGGAGGUUUCAUCUCAGCGAGGAGGGCGAGUGGCUGGUGAAGGAGCUGGAGCUGGCUGUGGACAGAGCAGAAGAUGGUACGGUGUCAGCCCAGGAUGUGCAGAAGAUCCAGAGAGAAGCCAUGAGAAAGUCCCGAAGGAAGAAGAAGUGGGAUGUGGUGGCUCACAGAAUGUGGGCUGGAGGCACCGAGUCCGAGAUGUUCAACAAGCUGGAGAGCAUUGCCCUGUCCGCUUCACCACAGACCCCGGUGCUGGGCUGUCACAUCAGUAGGGCUCUGGAGCCUGCAGUGGCUAAAGGGGAGUUCCUAACCAGCAGGGUGAACUGGGUGGUGCAGAGCUCGGCUGUUGACUACCUGCACCUCAUGCUGGUCUCCAUGAAGUGGCUCUUUGAGGAAUACAACAUCAACGGGCGUUUCUGCAUCAGCAUCCACGACGAGGUGCGUUACCUGGUGCAGGAGCAGGACCGCUACCGGGCAGCGCUGGCCCUGCAGAUCACCAACCUGCUCACAAGGUGUAUGUUUGCCUACAAGCUGGGCCUGCAGGAUCUGCCGCAGUCCGUGGCUUUCUUCAGCGCUGUGGACAUUGACCGGUGCUUGAGGAAGGAGGUGACCAUGAACUGUGUGACUCCAUCAAAUCCAACUGGCAUGGAGAAGAAAUACGGCAUUCCUCGAGGAGAAGCACUGGAUAUAUAUCAGAUAAUUGAAAUAACCAAAGGGUCACUGGAGAAGAAGUGAUAAUGUGACAGUGCCAGAAUGUGCAAGUUGUCAGAGUGCACACAGGAGAACCUGGCUGCCCUUUCAGAAGCACAUACAUGGCAGGGACCGAUCCUGGCUGCAUCUCUUCCUUCUCUUGGUAAGAAAAAGAUGUUCCUGAGGAAGAUUUUCAUAGCAGCACAGCGGAGCGGCAGAGCUUGAAUAUCUGAAUGGGCAGCAGCCAGCUUUAAAACCUGAAACACCUGACAGUCACUGCCUGCAAACCCGUGGGGAUGAAGAAAGAAGUCUGGAGUAUUUGGCAGGAGACAGAAUGAAUGGAUCAGCUCUGUACAUUGCAGUUCUCCAAGACCGAGGUGGGGCUGCCACAGCAAAGGCGCAGUAUGAGGAGGUGGCAGCAGUUAUAACCACACACUUCAUUUUUUUCGCCUUCUUUUCUUUUGGGGUUCCUGGUUUUCAUCUGGCUGCUCUGUUGUGCUGGACUGGAGAGAAAUAGAGUUAAGAGUAUUGAGUGUGAAUGUAUGUGAGUAGUCCAAUGAAUGUUUACUUCAAGAAACUAAAUGUACAGAA